AUGGAGCAGCAUGUGAAAUUAGUCAGAAAAGUGCUAAGGAAGCUGUUGGAGGUGCAAUUGUAUGCCAAGCUCUCUAAGUGCGAAUUUCAUAAACAACAAAUUGACUAUUUGGAAUAUAGAAUUUCGCAUCAGGGAACUGAAAUGGACCUGGCCAAAGUGAGAGACAUCGUGGGUUGGGAGGCUCCCAAGACAAGGCGGCAGCUUCAGAGUUUCCUGAGCUUUACUAACUUCUAUCAUCAGUUCAUCCCCAACUUUCCGCAAGUGGCGCUUCCAUUUACAGACUUGUUGAAAACCAAGGGCAAGGACAAGGCGAAAGCCUCCAAACCUGGAGCCCCCUUAGCAUGGACUAAGGAGUGCCAGGAAGCCUUUGAAGGAUUAAAGCAGCUAUUUACAGCUGAACCAGUGUUAAAGCACCCUGACCCAGAACAGCCAUUUGUCAUCUAG